AUGGCUCCGAUCUCUCGCCGUAUGGUUGCCUCCGCCCUCUUCGUCCUUCUCCUACUCGCCGCCACAGAGAUGGGGACGACGAGGGUGGCGGAGGCGAGACACAGGCACAGGCACUGCGAGUCUCAGAGCCACAGGUUCCGUGGAGCGUGCUGGAGUGACAGCAACUGCGUGCACGUCUGCAACACGGAGGGCUUCCCCUCGGGCAACUGCAAGUUCCACGGCUUCGAGAGCAAGUGCUUCUGCAAGAAACCAUGCUCCACAUGA